AUGGUCCCUGAUGCGCUCACUCACGCAUCCCAAUUUUUGCAUAGCUCCUCCGGCACAAUGACCAACGAUUCCCCGGAGGAGGAGAGCCGAGGACGGAGGGUACCUCGGCCGAGCCGAGCAGACGACAAUGUCACCAUCCUGACAUCAUCAAUGGAUGUUUACCGAAACCGGAGCCGGGCCAGCAGCAGCAACGACGCUGGCGCCAGCUUCACAUCGUCCGCGGACCUAAGCACCUCCUCCCUGGAACUGAGCAUUCAGACUCGGAUCUUUAAGAUAAUCGUUAUUGGGGACUCCAACGUGGGGAAGACGUGUCUCACCUUCCGCUUCACUGGCGGAAGCUUUCCCGAUCAGACCGAAGCCACCAUUGGCGUGGAUUUCAGUGAGAAGGCGGUGGAAAUCGAAGGAGAAACGAUCAAGGUGCAGGUAUGGGACACAGCUGGCCAGGAGCGAUUUCGUAAAUCCAUGGUCGAGCACUACUACCGCAAUGUCCAUGCAGUCGUCUUUGUUUAUGAUGUCACCAAAAUGGCUUCUUUCCGCAACCUGCAAACGUGGAUUGAGGAAUGUAACGGUCAUCGGGUUUCAGCAUCAGUACCUCGAGUCCUUGUAGGGAACAAGUGUGACCUCGUGGACCAAGUACAGGUACCAUCCAACACAGCACUGAAGUUUGCAGAUUCUCACAACAUGCUGCUGUUCGAAACGUCUGCAAAAGAUCCGAGAGAGAGUCAGAAUGUGGACUCGAUCUUUAUGUCACUGGCCUGUCGACUGAAAGCUCAAAAGUCUUUACUCUACAGAGACGUGGAGCGGGAGGACGGGAGAGUGCGACUCACUCAAGAGACUGAAACAAAAAGUAAUUGUCUUUGUUGA